AAUUGGCUGUGGGUGAGGGCGCGCCAAGCCCGCAUGUGCCACCUGGUAGUGCCCUGGGGAAGAUCCCGGGCGCAGAGUUUCCUUCCCGGGUGCCUCCGGGGCCCAAGGCCUGCCGGCAUCCUCGUGUCUGCAGGCCCGGGGCCGGCGACGGCUGUUCCUUCCGUUCGGCCGCGGCCCGAUGGAAGAGCCUCCCGGGAAACCUCUCAGCUAUGAGGAAAAGGAAAAGUUGAAGGAAAAGUUAGCAUUCUUGAAAAGGGAAUACAGCAAGACGCUGGCCCGCCUCCAGCGUGCCCAAAGAGCUGAGAAGGUUAAGAAUUCUGUUAAGAAAACAGCAGAAGAACAUGAUUGCUUGUUCCAGCAGGACAUUUCACCACAGCUAAACCACUCAGAAUCUAAAAAUAAAGUAUCUCCUUGUGAGACAUUACAAAUCAGCACCCAUCUGGAUGAAGAAACUGGAGAAAAGACACCUAUCACACUUGGCAUUGAGCCUGAGUCCUUCAACCUUGGACAUGGCCCCGUGGAACAAUUACAUAUACAAAGUGAUAUCCAAGAACAUUUUCCCUACCAGGUCAGUGGUCCUAGUGGUGAGAAAAGGCAGAGUAAGUUGCCAGAGAGAAGAAAGCAGCAGCAGAGAACAUUAACUUCACAAGCGAGAGAAUCUUUCUUUGACACGGAUUCACUCAUACUCUCUGGAAAAAGACUAAAAGAACUGGAAGAAAUCAAUAGAGAGAAUCCUAGAACACCUGUAACUAGAAGAACUUACCUUUCAAGUUCUACGUGUGACAUUCUGGAUUCUCCAGCACCAGUGACAGAAACUAACGUAAGGGGUGUAUUAACUCCACCAACUGCCAAACCACAAAGAGUUGUUGAUGCACUCGUAAGAGGAAAUCAUUUCCCCACAGUGUCUACACUUGCUUCAUUUACUCCAUCAAAUAACAGUAGUGGUCAGCACCUUGAACAUAAGCCUCCUAAAGGCGACUGUGAACUCAUUACUCAUGGUUUAAAAAACAUUAUCCCUGCUUCACCUGUAAACCUAGAGGCACAAGACCAAAAAAUGACUGUCUCUACAGAUAACCCAGAAGUAAAUAAAGCUGUAAGUGCAAGUGGCCAGCUGCCUAGAAGUCCUGACUUAGAGACAGAUAAUUUGUGCUCUGUGAAUGAAUUCGCUUACAAUAACUUAUCAGCAAAUGGAAACCAAAAUUUAAAAGGACAGAAUCACACAGAGGAGUGUUUAAAAUCUCCCCAUAACACUCUUGAUGAUAGAAAUGAAAGUCCUCAGGAAAAAGAGGUUGUAAGUCAAUCUAAGAGUCUUAGCCCAGAAGUAAUCUCUCCUGCUUCUGCAGAAAAUCAAACACAUUCUUGCACAAUGCUUGAAGGCCUUCCAUUUCCCGCAGAAUAUUAUGUUAGAACAACACGACGCAUGUCAAGUUACCAGAGAAAAGUAGCCCUGGAAGUUGUAAUUCAAAAUCAUUUGGGUGUCAAAAAGAAAGGGUAUAAAAAUAAAAGUAAGGAGGCAACUAAAAAUUUAAACCUUCCCAGUGAAGAAACUGACCAGAGUGGAAUUAGGACCUCUGACACAUGCACAAGACAACCAAGUUCAGGAAAUCCUCAGAAACGUCCCUCUUUAACUGAAGUCAACUCUCCCACUGGGCCCCCUAAAGAUAACCUUUCCAGGAAGGCAGUUAUCCAGCCAUCUGGUAGGAGACACGGAAGAAAAACAAAGUCAAUCUGCACCCCUGUAUUAGAUGAUGGUGAACUCCUUUUGCCAACUUUUGGCACAUCAGGUGUUAAUAGAUCCAAGGAAGAGGUUGCCUUGAACAAAGAGCAGAAUGGAAAGGCAAUUAUUCAUGGGAAGAAAGAUGAUCGUCAAAAAGAGGACUCCCUUUCUUCCAGAAAUAAUGCUUAUUUGGCUUUGGAUUCUGCUGCAUUCAGGACUUCAUUUCCUAAGAAUGAGAUGCUAAGUUUAAAGCAACUGUCCUCUGUUCUCAAAACCACAGAUUUUCAGUUACCUGAUGAAGACUUUGGACCUCUUAAGCUUAAGAAACUGAAGUCCCAAUCAGAAAAAUCAGUGGAGCCUUUUGUAUCAAAAAUGUAUGGGGAUAAGCUCCUUAAGGAGGGAAACUGUGUUGUUUUGGAAGAAAUGACACCUACACAAAUUGAUAUUGAAAUGGAGGACUUGGAAGAGGAAAUUCUUGUUCUCCCAGGAAAAGCACAACCUAAAACACCAAACCCAACAAGCCAGCCUCAGAAGAAGGGCCUUUCUUCAUCCAUAGUACUUUUCACUCCUUUUAAUACCGUCACCCCUGAGGAUAAUGACAGACUGACGGCAGAUGUGUGUUCGCCCGCCUUCCCCAUCCUAGGCACUACUCCAGCUUUCAGCUCCCAAGCACGCUGUGAAAGAGUGUCCACGGAGGUGGUUGGAUCAACUUGCUCUGUACCCCAACUUCCUCACUUGAAAGACUAUGAUCGGAAGCAAGGCGACGGUUGGGCCAGCCCCUCAAAAUCAGAUGGCAGCCCGGUUGUGUCAGGUCGGGAAGGACAGCCUUCCUGUGACAGUGAUUCUGGUUCCCAAGCAAAACUUCUUCCCACUGAGUCAGUCACUUCCGAAGAAAAUCAGCUGUGUGGAAAUAUGCACGUGGAGUCGUGGAAACAGUCCACUGAGCAGACUGAAGUAGCAGACCUUCCUGCUUGUAAUGGCUUAAUCCCAGGCCACCUACAAUUGGUUUCGAAGUUAAAGAAUCCUUCUGGUUCCUGUUCUGUGGACGUGAGUGCCAUGUGGUGGGAAAUAGCCGGUUUCAAAGAGCCAUGUAUCAUAACUGCCUGUGAAUACGUAGUUUCUCUUUGGAAACCUCUAGAUACUUGGCAGUGGGAAAAACUUUAUUCCUGGCACUUUACAGAGGUUCCAGUGUUACAGAUAGUUCCAGUGCCUGAUGUUUGUAACCUCGUAUGCGUGGCUUUGGGAAAUUUGGAAAUCAGGGAAAUCAGAUCAUUACUUUGUUCCUCUGAUGGUGGAUGUGAAAAGCAAGUGCUACUGAGUUCUGGAAAUAUAAAAGCUGUGCUUGGCCUGACAGAGAGGAGGCUAGUCAGUAGCAGUGGGACCCUUUGUGACCAACGAGUAGAAAUCAUGACAUUUGCAGAAGAUGGAAGAAGCAAAGAAAAACAAUUUUUGAUGUCCCCUGAAGAGACCGUACUAACUUUUGCUGAGGUGCAAGGGGUGCAGGAAGCUCUGCUUGGUACCACUGUAAUGAACAACAUUGUUAUUUGGAAUUUAAAAACUGGUCAGCUCCUGAAAAAGAUGCACAUUGGUGAUUCCUACCAAGCUUCAGUCUGUCACAAAGCCUAUUCUGAAAUGGGGCUCCUGUUUGUUGUCCUGAGCCAUCCUUGUGCCAAAGAGAGUGAGCCGUUGGGAAGCCCCGUGUUUCAGCUGAUUGUGAUUAACCCUAAGACAACCCUGAGUGUGGGUGUGAUGCUCUACUGUCUUCCCCAAGGGCAGGCUGGAAGGUUCCUGGAAGGUGAUGUGAAAGAUCAUUUUGCAGCGGCAGUAUUGACUUCUGGAACAAUCGCCAUCUGGGACUUACUUCUGGGUCAUUGUACUGCCCUCCUCCCACCUGUCUCUGACCAACAUUGGUCUUUCGUUAAAUGGUCAGGUACACAUUCUCAUUUGUUGGCCGGACAAAAAGAUGGAAAUAUAUUUGUGUACCGCAACUAAUUAGAUGAAAACACAGUGCUCUGGAUUUUUUGACCACUUAGUACUUUUUAGAGUUGUAACUGUAAAGAAUAUCUGGAUGACAUUUAAAAUAACUACUUGUAUUCCAUUAAGGCACAUUUUUUUAAUUCUGAAUGUAAGUGGCACUACUGAUCUUGAAUGUUCAUUUAUACUUACUUUGGGAGAAGGGAUCUUAGAUUGAUUUUUGUAAUUCUUCACAUCCGCACAUUUGCUUUUAAAGGUGUACAUAAAGCUUCAGUAUUAAUAAAUAUUUAUUUUGAUACCUUC